AUGACAAGCUCUUCCCACGGGAAGGCUGAACGACGCCUUUGGCUUUGCGCAGCGGAAAGGACGGCGAAAAGGAGGAAAAGCUCGUCGGGCAAGAAAAACAAAAGCAGGACGAGCCGCACCACCCCAGUCAGCUCCUCCUGGAGUUCUCCAGCUGCGGUGCCGGGCUCUCGACACCCCCGGCCCCCACCUGCGUCGUCUCCCGCCCCUUCCCCGCCGCUGCUCCGCCACCUGCCCGACGCGGUCACCUUGGCUCCGGGCCUUCUUCCUCCUCCGCGGGCAGGGGAGCCCCGCCGGCUCCCGCAGCCCGGCCCCGCCGCUCCCCUGCCCACCACAGCCGGCCCGAACAGCUGGCGGGGGCCGGUGGCGCAGAACCGCGGCCACACGGCCUGGCCGCCCCGGUCCGGCCCAGAAGCGGCCGGACGCCGGCGGGAAGGAGCAUGUUAG